CAGACGGCGUGACGUCGGGUUGACUCGGCCAGCUGGCUCCUCCAUCCGAGCGGCAGGGAGAGCCUCUCCCAAAGGGAGACAUCACCAUCAACGCCCGACGCUGCUUCAUCAUCUGCCCGCCGGAAGAAGAGAAAAACAUGCCGCUGUAGCGGCGGAUCGGGCUCCAGCGGCCAUCCGGAGACUGGGAUUAUUUAUUCACCUUUUGAUUGACUUCAUUACCCCGCCGGUGUAAUGGCAGGGGUCCAUGGCUGCGGCUGCUGAGGAGCAGGUGCAACAUCAUCAUCAUCGUCGGAGGCUUUUUGAUUCCUCGGCAUGGGCUGGGAGAGGGCCGAAGCCCAGGCUGGAUCACUCGGAGAGAGGGGGCAAAAGGCUGGGCCGCUGCUGGGGGCCAAAGCCUGCUGAUACAGCUCUCUACAUAUUUUAGCCCGUAUUUUCCCAAUGAAGCUCAAGGUUAUCUGCAUGCAGCAGGACGCCACACAUCUGUAGAAAUAAUGGAAUAAGCGCUUCCUGCUGUCUGUUCAUCUCUUUUCCUCUUUUUCUAAGUGGAUCGCGUCCAGCCCUACAGGCCUGAACAUUUCCUGCUGAGCCUUGUUUGGACAAACCGAGUUGCGCCGCCAAGAUGAUGGAGAUAGAUGAGGUGGUCUACCAGGACGACUACGGCUCCGGGACCGUGAUGUCGGAGCGCGUGUCGGGCCUGGCCAACAGCAUCUACCGGGAGUUCGAGCGGCUCAUCCACAGCUACGAUGAGGAGGUGGUGAAGGAGCUGAUGCCGCUGGUCGUCAACGUCCUGGAGAACCUGGACGCGGUGCUCACCGAGAACCAGGAGCACGAAGUGGAGCUGGAGCUGCUGAAGGAGGACAACGAGCAGCUCAUCACCCAGUAUGAACGGGAGAAAGCGCUGCGCAAGCAGGCGGAGGAGAAAUUCAUUGAGUUUGAGGACAGUCUGGAGGCGGAUAAGAAGGAUCUGCAGAUGCAGGUGGAGUUUCUUGAGCUACAGGGGAAGCAGUUAGAGCUGAAGACCAAGAACUACUCAGACCAGAUCACUCGUCUUGAGGAGCGCGAAGCAGAGAUGAAGAAGGAAUACAACGCUCUUCAUCAGCGCCACACUGAGAUGAUUCAGACCUAUGUUGAGCACAUAGAGCGCUCCAAACUUCAACAGGCGGGCAGUAACAGCCAAUCAGAAGGCCCCGGCUGUGGACGAACUCAACGCCACACAUGGAGGAAAAGCAAAGCGGAGCGCCCGCCGUCGUUGAGCCUGUACCCUGGUGGCGAGGGCAUGGUACGUGGGGGUCCCGGGGGGGCUAGGAUGAUGCCCGGGAAAGACAUCUGGCAGGAGGAUGGGUCGGAGUCUGACUCUGUUGCAGCCACACCCAGUAGCACAGGAAGCAAGUCCAACACACCCACCUCCUCCGUCCCCUCCGCUACCAUCACCCCCAUCAAUGAGACCUACGACUUUGAUGCCAUGCGGGCCGGGAAUCGCAGAAAAAGCGCCAAGCGAUUCAGUCGCAACAUGGAGGUGCAGGUUUCCCAGGAAACCAGGAACGUGAGCAUUGGUAUGGGAAGCAGCGAUGAAUGGUCAGAGUUUCAGGAAAUAAUUGAUUCCACACCAGAGCUGGAGAUGGGCAUGGAUUCCCGAGUGUAUGGAGGAGGAAAUAGUCCUUCUCAGGGGAUUGUUAACGAGGCCUUCGGCAUCAACACUGACUCACUGUACCAUGAGAUCAAAGACGCCAAGUCGGACAUCAUCGGGGACGUCGACGCAGGUGCUGAGCUGCUAGGCGAGUUUUCAGUCCGUGAUGAUUUCUUCGGGAUGGGAAAGGAGGUGGAAAAUCUUCUGACGGAGAACAAACAGCUUUUAGAGACCAAAAAUGCUCUCAACAUUGUGAAAAACGACCUUAUUGCCAAAGUGGAUGAGCUGUCAAGUGAGCAGGAGGUGCUGAAAGAGGAGCUGGAGGCAGUGCGGCAGUCCAAGAACAAAGUGGACGCCAGAAUAAAGGAGCUGGAAGAAGAAAUCAAAAGGUUAAGAGCAGAGGCAUCUCGAGACUCCAAAGACGAAGUAGCGGAUGAUUUUUCGUCCCCCAUGCAGGACGGGGACAUGGCGAUGACCCAGCGGCGCCGCUUCACUCGGGUGGAGAUGGCUCGUGUGCUGAUGGAGAGGAACCAGUACAAAGAGAGGCUGAUGGAGCUCCAGGAGGCUGUGCGAUGGACGGAGAUGAUCAGGGCAUCCAGGGAGAGCCCUCCAAUCCAGGAGAAAAAGAAGUCCACCAUCUGGCAGUUCUUUGCCCGGCUCUUCAGCUCCUCCUCCAGUCCUCCGCCCGUUAAGCGGCCGUACUCCAGCGUCAACAUCCACUACAAGUCGCCCUCACCUGCGUUCAAUCAGCGGCGCAGCCACACCAUGUGCCAGAUCUCCACCUCUAACCGGACGCUGGAGUUCUUCCCUGAAGAACUGGCCAGUAACGGUGUUGCGUCUCUCCUCAGUGACUCGGCGCUGAUGGCGCGCCGUGAGCAGCGGCGUGAACAGUACAGGGCGGUGCGUGAGCACAUGCGCCGCGAUGACGGCAUCAUGCAGGCCUGUGGCUGGAGUGUGCCAUCUCGCCUCAAACAGACUGGUGGUCAGACGGACGGCGUUAAGGACAGCCCGCUGAAAAGACAACAGACCAAUGAGAAGGAUGAAAACCGCAUGAAGAAUGUUCCUGUCCCAGUUUACUGUCGCCCUCUUGUGGAGAAAGACCCCAACAGGAAGCUGUGGUGUGCAGCAGGAGUGGACCUGACAGGAUGGAGAGUCAGCAGCCAGGAGGCGGUGCCUCUCAAAGCACUGUCAGGCAGCAGUGACCCUCUGCAGACUGAGGAGGACAAGAAGAACACAUCCCCUGAGAAGAGAAAGUCUAAGGAACUCCAGGAGACAGACAGCAUGAACAGUCGAGUGUGGAUCCUCACCAGCACCCACUCUGCCAGCAAGGUAGUCAUCAUCGACGCCAACCAGCCUGGCUCUCUGGUCGACCAGUUCAACGUCUGCAACGCUCACGUCCUCUGCAUCUCUAGCGUGCCAGCUGCAAGUGAGAGUGAUUACCCAGCAGGAGAAAUCGUGUUGGAUCCGGGUGACGGAGGCGGUGGAGAGGACAUGGAUGGGAUGGAAGGCAUGUUGGCUGGCAUCACGUUGGUUGGCUGUGCCACAAACUGCAGUGUUGCCCGUAGCAACUGUUGCUCACGUACCGACACACCCAUAGUAGACAAAGGGCAAGCCCCCACUGCACCUCCCAUGAAUGGGAAGAUUCACCCCGCCCAGUCUGCCGAGGAAGCCACAGAGGCCACCGAGGUCUCUGAGUCCACCGCCAACGACACGGGGAUCGCAUCGGGACGCCCGGGGCCCUUCACGGAGCACGUCUUCACCGACCCGCAGCCCCGUCCUACAGAUGACAGGAGCUCGGGUCAGUCCAAAGAGGAAUCCUCUCAGCCAGCAGAGGCUGAGGAUGGAGGGGAGGACACCAAAAACUACACCAGCGUGGCCCCCACCAUGUGGCUCGGGGCCCAGAAUGGCUGGCUUUAUGUCCACUCAGCUGUGGGAAAUUGGAAGAAAUGUCUCCACUCCAUCAAACUCAAGGACUCUGUUCUCAGUCUGGUGCACGUAAAAGGUCGCGUGCUGGUCGCCCUCGCCGAUGGGACCUUGGCCAUAUUCCACAGAUCCGAAGAUGGCCAGUGGGAUUUAUCCAACUACCACCUGAUGGACCUCGGCCGGCCUCAUCACUCCAUCCGCUGCAUGGCAGUCGUCCACGAUAAGGUGUGGUGCGGCUACAAGAAUAAGAUUCACGUCAUUCAGCCCAAAAGCAUGCAGAUUGAGAAGUCCUUCGACGCCCACCCCCGGAGGGAGAGCCAGGUACGGCAGCUGGCCUGGAUCGGUGAUGGUGUGUGGGUUUCGAUCCGGCUGGAUUCCACCUUGCGGCUGUACCAUGCCCACACGCACCAGCACCUCCAGGAUGUGGACAUUGAGCCAUAUGUCAGCAAAAUGUUGGGUACGGGGAAGCUUGGUUUCUCCUUUGUGCGGAUCACAGCCCUGCUGAUCGGAGGAAACCGCCUCUGGGUGGGGACUGGAAACGGUGUGAUCAUCUCCAUCCCACUGACAGAGACGGUGGUCCUUCACCGAGGACAGCUCCUGGGUCUGAGGGCCAAUAAGGUGUCUCCUACGUCAUCCGGUGGUGUGAUCCAUGUGUACGGAGAUGAUGGCUCUGAGAAGAGCACCGGCAGCUUUAUCCCCUACUGCUCCAUGGCGCAAGCGCAGCUGUGUUUCCAUGGACACCGCGAUGCUGUCAAGUUCUUCGUUUCCGUACCGGGUAAUGUUUUAGCCACCCUAAACGGCAGUGUUCUGGACAGUCCGUCUGAAGGUCAGAGCUCCACAGCGCCCACAGAGACGGAAACGCAGAGUGUUCAAAACGUGUUGGUACUGAGCGGAGGAGAGGGCUACAUCGACUUCCGCAUAGGGGACGGAGAGGAUGAGGAGACGGAGGAAGGUGACAGCAGCGGUGGGGCUUCGCAGAUGAAACCUGCUUUGAGCAAAGCUGAGCGAAGCCACAUCAUCGUCUGGCAGGUGUCCUAUGUGCCGGAGUGACGCCGAAACCUGCUCUAACAUUAUACCCAAACAUCUCUUUGAAUAAACCACCCCCCACCCCAGAAGCUUACAGCCACUUAAACUUUGUAAUUAUCCCCCGGUCAUGUAAAAGUUCCCGUCUGGCUCCGAAACAAAAAAAAAUAAAUCCUCUAAGCUGCG